AUGCCAUUCGCCGACCCUGCGCACAGCCGCAUUUUGGGUGACACUAUCAAUGCUCUUGAAAAUGUAGAGAGAAAGAGCCAUGAACCAAAUGGAGGCAACGCCCCCGUUGUUUUUCGCGAAACAGCCAAACACAUCCCAUCCCUCCUAGUCUACUUCGAAAAAUGCAAGCAGCAUCUCGAUGCAACUAUUAUGGCAGAAGAGUUCCAUCGGUUAACAAUUGGCUAUCUAAAGACUUGCGAGAGAAACGCUAGCCGGGUGAAUGAGAUCUUCACAGGUGUUGUCGGAAGUUCAAAUUCAGCGGAACAGUAUCGCAGAGUUGCACAAGGAGACCAAUUGGAAGACCUAAUGAAGAAGAUCCUCGAGAAUGCGAUUGCAAUGUCAAGUACCACACAACUUACCGCCAUAAGCGGUACGGAAGUUCACGGGCUCAAUCAAUCUCUAUGCGAGUUUCAGGCGAUGCCUGCGUCGUUGCCGGAAGUCAAGCCGUCGUAUUCUUUCACCAACUUCGGAUCUGGGAAUCAGAAUCUUAACACUGGUACGGGGCAUCAAUACAACAACAAUGGCUCCGGAAAUAUGUUUACUGGUGCGAUUCAGAGCUUCUCGAUGUCCAGAUAA